UCCUGCUGCCCUGAGAAAAGCCCGCCAAGCCUGCUCUGUUCUGCCCAGCAACAACAAGCAGCCAAUCAUUGCAGCAGGAAAGCCCGCCAAGCCUCGGCCUAUCCUGAACCGACACGUAACCCUCUGAGCCACCUCAGCAGUCUGCCCAGAGACUGACAGCCUAUCCUAAGCUCCUAUGACACUCCGCCAGCCCUGUGUCCACGCCCCGUCCACCCCCCUAUAAAACUCUCCUACCCCAGCUGUGCAGUCGCAGCCAGCCCCAUUCUCCUUCCUUUCCUGGCCUGCCCGCUGGUCCCAAUAAACCUGAACUCGGCUUCCAACUCUCGAGCUGUUAUUUGGGGUUGGGUACCGGGCAGGGGUCUACAAGGGGGUCGCACAUAUGGUGCCGAAACCCGGGACGGAGGGUCGCUAGCCCCCCUAGCGACCCCCUCCCUCCAGCGACCUCCCCAGCCCUCCUCCAAUUCGGCCUCAGCACUCCGGACCAGGUAAGUCCUGUUUCUUACCUUCUCCUUCCAUGGUGCGUGUGGCAAAGGCCCUUCCUCUCAGUCCCAAUCCACGGAUCCCUCGCCAAGUGCCGGCCGGCCCGAGCAGGAUCCCCCAACCAGGCUCCAGGAGCCUUGGGUCGGCAGACAAGGGACGCCUUCUCUGACCCACCCAAUCUAAAUCCAUUAAAUAGGAACGAUCAGACAGGGGACGCCUACUCUGGUCUUUCCUAUCCACCUUCCUCUGGGGAAGCUGAUGGGUUGGAGGGACGCCUCCCCCUACACUACCCCAGCCCACUCGGAUACUGUUCCGAGCUCGGAUACUGUUCCGAGACCGCCCUCGGCUGGCAGGAACCCUUUGCCGCACGCAUCAUGGGGAACGUGGAGUCCAAAAUUCCAAAAAACACCCCACUAGGUUGUUUACUUCUUGACUUUACCUGCUUGGGCUACUCCCAAAACCCUUAGGCGGAAAAAGCUUAUCUUCCUCUCCCAGGUGGCCUGGCCCCAGUAUCAGCUCGAUAACAGGUCGCAUUGGCCUCCCACCGGCACUUUCGAUUUCAAUGUGCUCCGCGACCUAGAUAACUUCUGCCGCCGAACUGGCAAAGAUAAGGAAGUGCCUUAUGUUCAGGCUUUUUGGGACCUGCGUUCCCAUCCUGACCUCUGCUCUUCUUGCUCUACUCACCAAGUUCUUUUAGCCCGAACUCCCCCACCACAGACUCCUACCUCCCCAACCAAGCCACCUCCCUAUACUCUACAGGAAGAGAUGCCUGACCACAUGUCUUCCCCCUUUGUUCCCACUCCGGAAGUCCACUACCUCUCCCCCUCCCUACUCCUCACCGGAGGAUCUGCCUGAACAUCUAUCCUCUCCUGCCAAUCUCAGCAAUCAGUCGCCAUCAACAGCACGCUCUUCCUCUGCUCCCUCUGCACCUCCUACCUCAGAGGCCAUGCUUCGCUCUCCCUCUACUCCCUCCGAGCCCCCUCCCUCAGAGGCCGCACUUCCUCUUGCCUCUCCGGUGGCAGCCCACACCCGCUCUCACCAGCCAGCUAUCCUGGCCCCACUCCGAGAAGUAGCAGGCGCAGAAGGUUUAAUCAGGGUCCAUGUUCCUUUCUCACUCCAAGACCUGUCCCAAAUUGAGAAACGUUUAGGAUCCUUCUCAGCCGACCCGUCCACCUAUAUUAAGGAAUUCCAAUACCUCACUUAAGCAUGAGAAGCCCUAGUCCGGUAUACUCGACUAGAUCCAGCCUCCCAAAAAGGGGCCACUGUAUUAGCCUCCCAUUUUAUCUCCCAAUCAGCACCCGACAUAAGAAAGAAACUAAAGAAAGCAGAAGAGGGGCCAGAGACUCCCAUCCAAGACCUGGUAAAAAUGGCCUUUAAAGUAUUCAAUGCCAGGGAAGAUGCAGCUGAGGCUGCCCGCCAAACUCGCAUGAAGCAGAAGGCUGCCCUCCAGACCCAAGCCCUAGUGGCGGCUCUAAGGCCGGCAGGGAACCAGAAGCCCAAGGCCGAAACCCAUGCCCCUCCAGGGGCAUGUUUCAAAUGUGGAAAGGAAGGACACUGGUCCCGAGCCUGUCCACAACCACGGCCACCAACUAAGCCUUGCCCUAUCUGCCACCUCCCGGGACACUGGAAGUCAGACUGCCCCAGCUUCCCCAGGGUGCCGGUUCCUGAAAACAGACACACUGGCGUUACGCAGCUGGCAGUCACCCUCAGUAGGGAGGAGCCUGCUUGCCAGGAGCCGACCUCCAAGGGAACUCCAUUCCCCAGGCUAUUAGGGCUGCUAGAUGACUAGCGGGGCCCUGGCUUACCGACUCCGGUUACCCUCGCCGAGCCUAGGGUCACAAGACAUGGGGGCUACCUACUCCGCACUUCCUUCUUAUUCUGGCCGUCUCACCCCUUCCCAGGUCUCGGUCAUGGGAAUCGACAGGACCCCGAGUAUCCCCUACCAAACCCCACCACUCAUGUGCUCAUAUAACUCCACUCCAUUCACCCACUCUUUUUAGUAAUCCCCACCUGCCCAGUUCCCCUUCUGGAGCGAGACAUCCUUUCAAAGCUGAAGGCUGUCAUAACCUUCCCCACCGCCAGCCUUUUUCUCCUAGCCCUCAAUACUCUGCCUCGGAACUCCAGGCCCUCCAGUCUACCCCCGGGGUACGGUUCAAGGAUGACUGGGCCUUCAAUCAUAACCUCCUCAUCCUCCCCGAAAAGCAAAAGUACCAGAUAAUCCAAGACAUCCAUAAUUCACUCCACAUUGGGCCUAAAGCCUUAUACCGGUUCCUCAACCCACUUUUUCACCCUCACCAUCUCCUCAGUACCAUACAGGAAGUCCAGUCCUCCUGUACUGUCUGCGCAAAAACUAAUUCCCAGGGUUCCUGUCAUCCUCGGCGCCAGCUUUAUCAGCUACGCGGGUUCCUACCUGGCCAAGACUGGCAAAUUGAUUUCACCCAUAUGCCAAAGCAUAAACAGUACCGGUAUCUGCUAACCAUUGUUGACACUUUUUCAGGCUGGAUUGAAACUUACCCCACAGCCUCUGAGUCUUCCGGGACAGUAGCCACUCAUCUCAUUCAAGACAUCAUCCCACGCUUUGGACUCCCGGCUACCAUACAGUCAGACAACGGCCCAGCCUUUAUCUCCAAAGUCACUAAUGCCGUUUCUACCUCUUUAGGAAUUCAGUGGAAGCUACACGCCGCCUACCAUCCUCAGUCCUCUGGUAAGGUGGAACGGGCCAAUGGCCUAAUAAAGGAGCAUCUGACCAAGCUCAUGCUUGAGCUCCGCCAAUCCUGGGUAACCUUGCUUCCUAUCGCCCUCACCAGGUUGAGAGCAAGCCCCCAGGGCCCAUCACAGCUUAGCCCGUUUGAGCUGCUGUACGGUCGCCCCUUCCUACUUUCAACUCCCCCACCACCAGAGACCACUCCUCUAGACAGCUACCUCCCCUACUUUACUCUCCUUCGCAGCCUUCUCCGAGAACAUGCCAAUGCUUCUCUUCCCCAACCCACCCAGCCAUCUGAAAAUACACAGAAAGUCUCCCCCGGGGACUCAGUUCUUAUCAGGUCCCUCUCCCCAAAGCCCCUCGCUCCCAAGUGGGAAGGACCAUACACAGUCCUCCUUACCACUCCAUCAGCUAUAAGAGUUGCUGAAAUCCCAUCUUGGGUCCACCUGUCUCGGGUAAAAAAGGCCCCCAUGGACCCUCCUUAUGCUGGAAGGCUGUUCCUACUGGCCCUUUAUCUGUCAAACUUACCAGGGCCUAGCAGCCACACCCCCUACAGAUGGAGAUUCUUCCUAACUGAAAACUAUACCAAAACCACCUUCAUCUGUAAUACCCCUCCAUACAGCCACAACCAUCUUCUUGCAACUUCCGACUGCCCCGCAGCCGGAUGCCAAAGGGCCAUAUAUCUGAACUUCACCAAAUUCCAUAACAUCCAUACUGAUAUACCUCUCAUGUGCUUCAACCAUGACCAACCAUCAGGAGCAUGCAAUAAUACUCCUUGGCGCUCCUGCAUGGGAUGUACUUGGAUGAACUGUCGACUACAUAUAGCCGUCAAGUCCACAGUACCUGCCCAAUCUCAGCUCAAAAUCAUCCCAGACAUAGAUGAAGAAGGAAACACCAUUAUCGGUUCUACACGGUAUUCCAUUCUCAUACCUGACCCCUGGGACAACCGGUGGAAAAGCCCCCAGAAAGCUGCCGUGUAUGACCACAAAGAUACCAAAUAUCCCUCUUCCCACCUGUAUAUCUGGCGGGCAUACGUACGUACAGUCCACCAAGUCCACUCUGAUAUUAGCCUACAAGAAAAAUCUCUGAAUGACCAAUUGCAACCACAUUCGUCUCCAUUUUCCUGGUUAACUUUUCUCCAAGAAGGAAUCAAGUUAGCUAACCUCUCAGGACUAACUGACCUAACUUCAUGCCUCAUGUGUGCCUUCUUAGGACAGACUCCCUUCGUUGCAGUCCCUUACCCCAUCCUUCUCAACCUUUCAGCCUCAACUUCUUCCUUCUCCCCCGUCAGGGAAGUCGAUCUCUACACUCCACCUGAUUUUGAACAGCUACCUGUGUGCUAUUCCCUAGGCCGAAACUUCCCUAGCUGUAACAGAACUAUACUGGUAACCACUAAUAUAACAGCCCCACGAGGAACGUUUUUUUGGUGUAACAGGACCUUAACAAAAACUCUCUACGUUGGCCUUUCCUCAUCUCUUUUAUGCCUCCCAGUAACCCUAGUCCCUUGACUCACUAUAUAUUCUUCAGCCGAAUUCCAGAUGCUGUAAGCUCCCCAUCGCCGCACCCGAUGAGCUGCCUUCCUACCCAUUGCCGUUGGAGUCUCCCUUGCUGGUUCAGCACUUGCAGCAGGAUUAGGAGGAGGGGCACUAGUCCACUCUCACCUGGCCAUAGCCCAACUGACCUCACAACUCUAAGCAGCUAUUGAUGACUCUACUGAGUCUUUAGCAUCACUCCAAUGACAGAUCACCUCAGUUGCCCAAGUUGCCUUGCAGAACCGAAGAGCCCUAGACCUGCUCACUGCUGAACGAGGAGGGACCUGUAUCUUCCUACAAGAAGAGUGCUGUUACUACAUCAAUGAAUCCGGCCUAGUAGAAACCCGAAUCGAGAGCCUCCAGAAACUCAAAACUAACCUGCAGAGUCAGAAGUUCUCGGCUGAAGCCACAGCAUGUUCAUACAGCGGCGCUUUCAAGAACUGACUCGAGUCACCAUCCACCAGAUGCUGCUCCAACCCCACCCUGAAUGAGUGCAAGAAACAGACCUCUCCCUGAACAUCCAGGCUCCUUAAGAAAAGAGACCUCUUCAGAACCCCCCAUCGACCCUUGUCAGCAGGAAGUAGCCAGAUCGAUUCCGCCGCCCUUUUUCCUUUUUAAGGAGUCGGGAAUGUUCGGUAGAAAGUCCCGCCAUCUUUCCCCCAGGUUUCUUGCCCCCACCCCCCCCAGGCUUCCUGCUGCCCUGAGAAAAGCCCGCCAAGCCUGCUCUGUUCUGCCCAGCAACAACAAGCAGCCAAUCAUCGCAGCAGGAAAGCCCGCCAAGCCUCGGCCUAUCCUGAACCGACACGUAACCCUCUGAGCCACCUCAGCAGUCUGCCCAGAGACUGACAGCCUAUCCUAAGCUCCUACGACACUCCGCCAGCCCUGUGUCCACGCCCCGUCCACCCCCCUAUAAAACUCUCCUACCCCAGCUGUGCAGUCGCAGCCAGCCCCAUUCUCCUUCCUUUCCUGGCCUGCCCGCUGGUCCCAAUAAACCU